AUGAAUGUAAGAUUGAGGAAAGAGAGAAAAGUAUCCGCAGUGCAGUUCUCCUCUUUGAGAAAACCAAAAAGAUUUUGGAAGUUAUUGAAGGAAAAAGAGUUGAAGAUUCAGAUUAUGGAUGAAUUCUACGAAAACCUUUAUGGUAUCAGAGCAAAAAUUCGCCCAAUCCUAAUGCUAUUCUUCAACAGUCACGGCUGCCGUUCGUCUUCUUCACCAUGGCUGGAGAUGAAGCCGAUCCUCCAAACCCCUCAAAGCCAUCCCUUCAUCCGGUUUAUACCAUCACCAACAUUCAAAAUAAAGUCUGUGUUCUAG